AUGGGAGCCUCCCUGACCUCACAGUUCCAUCCUUUGACCUGUGAACCAGGCUGCAAUAAACCACUGACCGCUCCGGCCAUGCUGGUUAAUGGAGUCACCGUCAUGAGAGGUUCUUUAGAGGACAGCACCUUCAUAGAGACCAAGGAACCCUACAGACAGGUCAGGGAGGAAGUUUGGCCCGUUUAUGACAAGAAAGUCUUGGGGGUCAUUAUUGGAAAAACCGACGUAAGGAGCUUCCCUGAUAGGAGAAAUGCUGAGAUUGAGCGAUUCACUUUUGGUUUCACCAUGAAAGACUCCCCUGACUUCUUUAUCAAUGUGACCGCCUGGGGGAAUGAGGCGUACGUCAACGGGCUGGCCAGCAGCUUCAGCAUUGGAGACUGUGUGAUCAUUGAAAACCCUCUAGUUUCCACCAAAGAUCCAGAGAAAGGAGACAAGUUCUGCCCUGAAACACCAAGCCACUACAGGCUGUUAGUCACAGAGAAUCACUCCCAGGUGUGUCUGUGUGCCGAUGUCGACACCAUCGACGGGAUCCUGCCUCUCCUUCACCUCCCUGUGAAAGACCCUGGGGAUUUCUACUCCCUGGGAGAUAUUAUGGCCAACGGACAGAGGCUGGACGGCACAGUAAUAAAUAUACUGGCAGCGGUGAAAUGGAUCGGAGAAGCGAAGCAUUUCACAACAUCCGAUGGACGAAGAGGACAGAGGCUGGAAGUGAAGCUGUUCGACGACUCCGUCUCCUCUUUUCCUCUCAUUUGCUGGGACAUGGAGGCCAUUCAGCUGAUGCAGAACCUUCUCCCCAGAGAGACGGUGCUCUUCAUCGCUGACGCAAAGAUGAGCUUCGACAGCUUUCGCAGCAGCAUGGUGGCGACGGUUAACUCCAAGACCAUUAUUACCGUCAACCCCGACACAAGAGAGGCCAGUUUUUUGUUCAGCUAUGCUAAAAAACUAUCAGAGUCUGGAGUUUUAGACCAAGAGGAGGCAUCAGAAGAUCCGACCGUGGAGUCCAUCACUGAUGUGUACACUGUGAACCAGCUGAAGGAGAGGGCCAAAGAGCAGUCAGAGCCUCUCUAUGGCAUCACCUACAGCUUCAUCUCCAAGUUCGACCUCGACUCGUCCGUCUCAAAGGUCAUCAAGACCCGCUGUUCUAAAUGUAAGUUUUUGGUGACGGAGGACAUGAAGAGCUGCACCAACCAGCUCUGUCCUGGGAGGGAGCAGCCUCUCUCCACCACCACCGGCUUCGACUUAUUGGUGGACUUCACAGACCACACCGGCACUCUGCAGGCCUGCAGCCUCAGAGGACUGGUGGCAGAGCAGACCCUCGGCUGCACGACUGAUGAGUUCAUUACUUUGACCGAUGAUCAACGAACGUCACUGAAGUGGAAAUUUCUAUUGGGGCGGUGCAAAAUAUACAUAAAGAUCCUCCCGUCUCCAAGGAUGAAGAGUGGACUCAGGGGGAUGAUCCUGGCGUGUACGCUGGCGGAUCCAGGAGAGGUGAAGCAGCAUAUGACCAAGCUGCUUCAGGAACUUUAAUCAGCAAAUGUUUCUGUCAUAUGUUCUGCUGCUCGUUUGGUUCUGAGAUAAUUCAGCAAAUUCUAUAUAUUUAUUUAAUUUAUAUAUUUAAUGUAUUUAUUCAGUUGGUGUGGUA